UUACAGUUAAAUUUAAAGUCGAUUGAAAGUUGGUCAAAUUAUACCAUUUACAAAUUCAAUACUUGCCCUUUAAAUAUAUUUUAGAUUGACAGGUAGCACAAAAGAUAAUUCAUGCCUAUCUACAAUUUAUUUACAUUUUCAUUGAUCGCUCCGACAAAUUUUAUUCGUGAUUAUUUGAAGGAAAUAGAUCAUGUGCACAUUAACAAAACCAACAAGAAAAUGACAAUGUUGUGUAUUUGGAUUCAAGGGAAAGACAUCAAAACAUAAGGAUUAAGCUACGACAAAAUAUUAAUCACAAGUAGGGCUAUAAUACGCAAUGGUCUCAGCAUAGAACAAAUGGGGAAUGGAGCAUCCGUUUCAGACAGUCCUCCCCGGUGGAUAUACACGGUGAGUUUUUCUCCUAAAUUCUACAAAGAUGGCUUCGGCAGAGUAUCGCCUGGAUGUAAAACUGUAUCAUUGAAUACAGUUGUUAGACAUCGAAAAGGAUGUUAUGAAACAGACGGUGCUAUAUGGAGCAAAGGAUUCAGUACAGGAAAACACGUAUUUGAAGUUGUUUUCCCAAAAAAGGCAAGAAGACCAUAUGGGUCUAUAGGAAUUGGCACAAAACACACUGAAUUACAUCUACAGAAAGCUACAACACUAGUAGGCAAAUCUAAAUAUUCAUGGGGAGUUGAUCUCUCUUCGAAAAAAGUGUUUUCGAACGGUUUACUUGUGGGCAAAUUUCCUGAUGCUAUUUUCACUAAACUACCCGACAGGUUUUUCAUGUACAUUGAUUUAGUAAGUUGUAGACUAAUGUUUGGCAGUGACGGAAAGUACUAUGGCGUUGCUAUUGAAGAUGAGACGAUGAAGCAUUUUACAGUUUAUCCCAUGGUUUCCUCUGCCAAAGAAGGAGCUGCUAUUACAAUGGUUUACAGAGGAAUAGGUCGAGUUGUUCAUGGCCCCAUUAGAAAGAAACGAGUACUAAUUAAAAGUUUAAGAAAAUAAAGCUUAUAAUAUUUCCAUAAACAUUGUAAAUGUUUAAUGACAAUUAAUAAAAUUAUCAAUAAUUGACA